GGUUUUCUUACUCCAGAAUAUCUAGCUGAUUUCCUUAUACAUUUUCCUGAUAGCAAAAUCAAAGGGUUUAGUCGUAAUUAUUACUACCAUAGACUACACCUUGAAAUAACUCCAUCAUAUAAUGGAAUUAAAUGCACCAGCUGUGGUUAUAAAAAUGUCUUAGUUCAAGGAUCGACUGCAAUUUACCAAUUUAUGGAUAAUUUCCCUGACGUUACCCCUAACACAGUAGAUUUGAUACAUAGUGGUAGCGAUUUCAAAGAUGUAAUGGAGAUUUUACGUUGCAAGAUUACAAUCGAGGAUUUCAAGUAUUUAUUAUCAUUGGAUAAUUUAAAGAGACUUCUUUUGUCACGAAUGGAUUUGAGAAUGAUACAACUGGAGUUGAAUAAUAAUCCGAGAUUUAGUAACCAUCCUAAUCUCGCUAGCAUUGAAAUUUCAUAUCUCAAUGCUAAGGUACCCGAGAACUUGUGUCGUCUUUACUUAGUAAACGCUGGAUUGGAAUCCAUCGUAGUUGACGAGUUGCCUGUUGGCUUGAAAUAUCUAAGUUUAGCAAAGAAUGAAAUAUAUACGAUCCUGGGGAAGUCAUGGCCGGGAAGUCUCGAGUAUUUACUGUUGGCAGAUAAUGAAUUUGAUGAUGAUGCCGUGAAAGAACUUGUUGAAACCAUUGGGUGGCCACCAAUAUUGAAAUUCUUGGAUAUUUCUGGUAAUCCAAUUCAGCACCUUCAAACUUUGAAGAGACUACCCGGGGAUUUACAAACAUUAGUUGCGGCAGAAGUACCGUGGAAGUUGUCCAAGAGACAAGUGGGAGAAUUCCCGAGUAAUUUGACAGGGUUGGCAUUACAUUGCUGUUACUUCGGCAAUUUGUCACAUUUCCUAUUUCCUCCAUCACUAACUUCCUUGAGAUUGAUACAUAAUGAGAUUAAGGAUGUAUUAUCGUACAGUGAUUGGAGUCAACUCAAGAAUUUAUACAAAUUAGAUCUUUCUUCGAACUCGAUCAAGAGUUUAGACGGUUGGAUACUUCCUCCUAACCUUCUCCAAUUAAGAGUAAAUUGUAAUCCAAUUAAAAAGUUGACUCUGAAGUUCCCGUUAUUUAACCGAAACUACAACUUUAGGCUACUCAGAUUCGAGAUGCGAGAGUGUAAGAUCAAAAAGGUGGAUAUAGAUUAUGUACCUCCCAAUUUGAAAGUCUUUGAUCUUUCAACGAGCAAAUUGCCCAAGUCAAUUGUGUGGCCAACUACUUCUAACCAUUUUCAACAAUUAUUGUUGCCCAAAAAUGUCGAAUGUAUAUUCAGAAGUGAAAAGAUUUCAGUUAUUGAAUAGAAAGACAAUCAUUUUUGGUGAGAUAUUAUAAUAGUUUUAUCCUUACGGAUAAUUGGGGCGUCUCUAUGUAUCUGAUCUAUACGUAAUGAAGAAAGGCUGCCAGCGU